AUGAGCUGUUGUUCGGUAAAAUGCUGCAGAGUUUAUCUCUCAGUAUUUGCUGUCAUCAUUAUUAUUGCUGGAAUUGUAGUAUGCAUCUUCUCGGUAAGUGUUAAAAAUGAGGCAAUCUUUGAUUCUAAUGAUGACUUCAAAAAAUACGGACGAGUUCCAUUUGCCAUUAGUUUGAGUCUUGGGAUUAUUUUAAUUUUAACUGGACUUUCUAGCUUAGUUACCUCUUAUAAAUAUAACAGAAUCAUGAGAAUAAUACUUGGUUGUUUAAGCUUUAGUUUAUUUAUUUCUUUCAUUGUCAUCGGUUCACUUUUAAUUAGAGAGUAUAAUGAGGGAAUCAAAAUUCUUAAUAAUGUGUGCAGAAAUAUAGAAAUUAGAGAAUUUGAUGAGAAUAGUGAUAUGCAUAAUCUAAUCUUGUUCGCAGGGUCUUAUGAUAUGGUAUUAAUGACUACCUCUAAUUCAUUUAUGUGCACUGAUAUAUGCCCUUGUAAGAAAGCUGAUGCUAAUCUAUGGAAUGAAAGAGAGCUUAACUAUGCAGGUAGAACGAGAUACUAAUAUAACGAUACGAGAUAUAAUAAGACUAAUCAAUUUAAUCCACUUGUAUUCGUCGAUAGUGGUGGAUACAAUAAUUUUUACGACUGCUUGGGGAUAGACAAAAUGAUUGAUUAAAAAUACCCAAAUGAAUCAGGUCUAAUACCUAAUAAUAUGAUACAGAUUAUAAAAAUGCUUGAGAAUUCCUAUCAUUGCAAUAAUUUCUGCCAGACUAGUGAGUUCUUUUUAUUCAGAGAUAUAACUGAGGGUCCACCAAGAGGUGGCUGUAUGAAGCCAAUUUAAGCAAUGCUUAAAAGAUUAUUGGAAGGUGGUGGGGGAAUCAGUUUUUUUGCCUCAUUUUCAUCAUUCUUCUUACUUUUAGGUUUGCUAUUCAAUUGUAGAUUUAGGAACAUGAAAGACUAUGAGGAGUGGAGGUCUAACUAAAAUUAAAAUAGAUAAAAUGACGAUUCUUCAAUAGGAUAGUUCAAAAUUGAUGGUUUCAAUGAUAUAGGCUAUUAAAGUAGCAUAGUUCAAAAAGGUUUUCAUUAAAAUAAUGAUAAAAUUGGUGGUAGGACAAUAAAUAUUAAUGAUGAUGGUCAAGUCUAAGUUGAAUAUGUACUCACAAACGGUUAAGAUCAAGAUAGAAAUGAACCUUAUCACAGAUAGUCUGCCUAAAAACUAAAUAAUGAUUAUGAUGAUACCUAGAUUUGA